AAUUCAAGGACUCUGGAAAAGCAACUUGUCCACUAUCAAUAUUGUUACUCUUGAUGUGUUACAUAUUAAAUGAUAAUCUUCUCUGUGCAAGACAAUGGGAUAGCUGUAACAAAGGACCACAAAUCUGAAAGGGCUCUUAUCCUCCAGGGGCUUAAAGUCUGUUAUUCAGAAGUUACAUAGUAACAAAAUUCAGGGUAGAGGGUGUCAUGGAAAAGGCAUCACCAGUUGGUAACACAAGAGUUUCCAGAAGUUCUAUUAAGCACAUUUUAAAAAUGGGUUAAUUUGGCUCUCUUCUCUUCUCCGCCAUCCUAUGCGUGGUUGAAUUAGUUCCUCGCCAUGUCUUCUGACAAGACUUUCAGGAUCAAGCAAUUCCUGGUCAAGAAGCAAAAGCAGAAUUGUCCUGUCCCCCAAUGGAUUCGAAUGAAAACUGGUAAUAAAAUCAGGUACAACUCAAAAAGAAGACAUUGGAGAAGAACCAACUUGGGUCUAUCAGGAGCCUCUGCAUAUGGGCUGGCGCACAUAUUUAUGCUGUGUGGGAUCACUUGCUUGCAUCUUAUCCUAUCACACUGAAAACAGCACAGCCACAGUUGGAUAUAUCAGGAAAUGGGUUCUCUUUAUGUUGUUUCUGUAGAGCGCUUUGCCUCAGUAAUAAGUAUG